AUGGUUUUAAUUGCAGAGAAAAAUAAGAUCAGUGUCAUCAAAGGUAUUGAGGAGAAUAGAAUAUCCAUUGAAAAAGAUAUAUACGAAACAAACAGUCAAAUCUUAAAGAUAAUUCAAAUGAAUGAUGAUAUAUUUAUGACAGGUUAGAUGUAUGGUUACAUUACUUUAUUUAGUUUAUCAAAUUAAUCAUACCAUUAAGUAUUUGAGAUUGAUUGA